GGCUGGAGUUCUCCCUUCGUGUAACAAGCAGGAGCCCGGUUCUUUGGAAGCGCCGAGCUAAGUGUAUCCGCUUCAGCGUCAAUAUCUGGAUCGGUUUCGAGGUCAUGGUCAAGGAUGUUAAAGGAGGGGAACAUUAAAAGCUUUUGCAUUCCUAUCUGGGGUCCCAUUUGCCUGCCAGCGAAACUGCGUUAUGAAAUACCUGCAGAGUUAGAAGUGUCUGCAUCGGUUAAAUUUGAAAUAUCAUUUGAAGCAACUGCAUCAGCAUCAGCGUCGAUGGGAGUCUCAUGGAGCAGUGGACGAGGACUGAGGCCACAGUUUGACACAAACUUCAACGUUGACCUUAGCAAAGAAGUGUCAACAACAGCAGAAGGCCGUGCUGAGUUGACAGGAACAAUCACUCCAACCCUGCUGCUGGACGUCCCAGCUCCAGGACUACCAAUCAAUAUACCGAUUCCACGCUGGCUCCUACCAAAGUUUUUAAAACGCUUGCUGGGCUUUUCGUCAUCAGGCAGGUCAGCAAUAACACUGAUGAGUCCCGCAGUAGAAAUGCCAAUCUUUGGAUCCGUUUUUGGUGAAUUCUGUCUGGACGGACUGACUCCUGCCUUGAAACUACUUGGCUACAAGGCUGGGGUCGAAGAAAUCACCGCGGGGGUAGAAGUGGGCGUUGGUAGCUUGACGGUUGAUGUGGAGGUGUCGAUCCCAAUAGAAGCAACCAUUGGAGAUGAACAAAAAUUUAACGACUGUGAAGAUGAGACAACCACAAAAGGGAAAAUAAACCCUCCCAAAACACCUGGACCUACAGAUGCUCCAAGAACUACAGACAUCCCUACUACAUCUGAUUCACCGACAACAGCCCCUCCUGCACCGACAACAGCACCUCAUGCACCAACAACACCCCCUUAUGCACCAACAACACCCCCUUAUGCACAUACAACACCCCCUUAUGCACCGACAACACCCCCUUAUGCACAUACAACACCCUUAUACCAGCCGACAGCCCCCGAUUCCCCAACACCAAUCCCGGAUACGUCUACGCCAGAUGCACCAGCUGCAGAAACAACACACAUCACGGGCACCUCGGAUACACCUGAUAUCACGACUGUCCCUACAAGUACAGCUGCACCCUGCAGCAUUGACCUAGUUUUCCUCCUCGACGGAUCCUGGAGUAUCGGAAGAGUGCAUUUUGAAGAGAUAAAAGAGUACAUUCGUGACGUCAUUGGCUGUCUGGAUAACACGCACAUCAAUGUUUCCGUUAUCAGCUACGAUAAGAUGCCGAUGACAUACAUUACCUUGGGCGAGUACACCAGUACCUCAAAUCUGCAGUACCUCAUCAUGUCGCAAGUCGUCUUCCACGGCUCGCUCACAAGGACAGGCUAUGCAAUCUACUCCAUGGCGAACUCGGUUCCAUUCCACCCUUCCGUACACAAAUCAGCUGUGGUUGUAACAGAUGGAUGGUCACAGUCUGACGUUGAUGGAAAGAAUCAGGAUGGCUACGCUGAAAGUGCACAAGAAGCAAGAGAUGCUGGUAUUGAGCUGUUCUGCAUUGGCGCGGGUAGAGACGCUUUUAUUUACUACGACGGGCUCAACGGAAUCACCGACAACCCUGCACGGGUGGUGCACUGGAGGCAGGUCGAUCCAUGCCUAUUUGCAGCGAUACUUCUGACCGAAUUAUGUGGCUAGUGCGGUGCAUAGGAGACACACUGUCCUGUAGUUGUCAUCUGAAGAGAAUUAUUGAUGAUGGCAGUUGUUUUGCUGAAUGGAACGUACAUAUCGAUCUCUCGCUAGAAAUCAAAGACGGUUAAGAAAUAGAAUAAAGCUUGCUCUAUGAGCAAUAUGUGGACGUAAUUUCUAUAGUGAAAAAUACAGAAUAUUGCAAUUAAAGCAUAUCCAACUUAUCAACUUUGAUGGUCAUAGUCUAAAUAAGAGAAGUAUACGCUUACAAGUAGUGUUCAUCUUAUUACCAAACUUUAUUACUUGUUACCUUUGUUAGACGGCUAGUAUUUGCAUGAGCCUGCAUGUAGAAAAUAUAAUACUAUUAAAGUAAUAUCGUCUAAAGUAUUGUUUUAAAGAUGAAAGGCAAAGAAUGUCUUCUAAUCGUUCUCAAGUGAAUCGUUCUGUUGAUCGAUUCACUUACAUCGGGGUUCAAAAAUCCUGUUUUCAGUCGCUACGCCUGUUAGCUCAUCAUAUGCUCGCUCCUUUUGAUUGGCCCCUAUCCUUGUAGCUCACAUUCUGAUUUGUCGAUGCAAGGUGUAUCGUACCUUCUGAUCGGAUCCAGUGUCUGGCCAUUUGUCAUUUCUAUUUGACACCUAGAAAUGCAUCCGACAAUUCUAUGUUUUACGAUAUUAUAACCAACAUGAAAUGGGACUAUCUGUUUGGUCAACGUGGUCUGGCUAUAUGAUAACAUCAUUUAUCUUUUUAGAUGUGGAAGAAGCUGCUUGCGUUAAUGAUAAUUAAAGUAUUAACUAGCAUUUACGUUUAUUUAGACCAAUAAGAAAGAGUUUGUCAUUAAUGAUAAUGACUACCUAUAUAUAGAUGCUGCUUGGUAACAUGACUGCUCAAUGUAUCGCAAGAGAAGAAAAAGAUGUAACUAAUUGCAUGCAUGAGCUUAAUCAACAAAAGAUGCGAUUAAAAUAUUUACCCCA